UUGAUUGAAAAUGCUACGGAUUUUGGCCGCGUUCUGUUUGCUCGGAGUCGGAGUCUCUUUGGCGGAUCCCGUCCACCUCAACGCUGAGGUGCAGGUGCAGGUGCAGGUGCCGCUGCCCGAUGGCCGCAUUGUGGGCGGACAGGAUACGGAUAUCAUCCACUAUCCGCAUCAGAUCUCGAUGCGCUACAGGGGCAAUCAUCGCUGUGGCGGCAGCAUCUAUGCGACCAACAUAAUCAUCAGUGCCGCCCAUUGUGUGAGCACUUUGGCCAGCCCAGCAGACCUCACCAUUGUGGCCGGCUCCACGAGGAUCAGCAUCAAGACGCAGGAGCUGCCUGUCCGCGAGUUCAUCAUUCAUCCCAAGUACAGGACACUCAACAACGACUACGAUGCGGCCAUUCUCAUCACCGACGGAGACUUCAUCUUCAACGAACUGGCCCAUCCCAUUCCACUCGCCCGGGAGCGCCCGGAGCACGGCUCAGCAGUCAUUGUCACCGGCUGGGGCACCACCACCGAGAACGGCCUGUUGUCCAACGUGCUGCAGGAGGUGGAAGUGAACGUGGUCGAGAACGAUCAGUGCAAGAGCGCCUACUCCAUAAUGCUCACCAGUCGCAUGCUCUGCGCCGGCAUCACCGGCGGCGGCAAGGACGCCUGCCAGGGCGACUCCGGUGGCCCGCUGGUGUACAACAAUGAGCUGCUCGGCAUUGUCUCGUGGGGCACGGGCUGUGCGCGAGACAAGUACCCGGGCGUGUAUGCCUCUGUGCCGGAGCUGCGCACCUGGCUGUUGGAGACCGUCGAAUCCUACGACCAUGUGGGCAAAAUCGACUUCCUGUAAACACCACAGAAGCUACGCCCCUGCUCAACAGAUUGUCUCCUUGAACACAUGUAUCUUGUGAUUAUUUCACAAUUUUACCCAGAGUUACAUACAAGAAAUCGACUCGAACCCCAGACCCAGGCACAGGCACUGGCACUGGCACUGGCGAUACGGUACCCACAGCAA